UAUUUUUCAGUACAGCUGUUUGAUCUCUCAACCAGCUUUUCGGUCAUGAUGAGGUGCUAUCUACACAUCGUCACCCUCAUCUUCCUGAAUUUCACAGCAGACUGUGGAGCUUGGGCCCAUGUGGUUCACAAGUCAGUAGGAGAAAAGGCUUAUCUCACAUUGAAAGGACAUUGGAAUAUAACAACAGUCAGAUGGAGGAAGAAUCAUCAUCUGAUUGCAACUAUAGAAAACCAAAAGCCAUCUAUUAAACAUCCAGAAAAAUUUCAUAUACAUGUUUCUGACAACUCCUUGGUUAUCUAUAAUUUGACGGUGAAUGACUCUGGAUUUUAUCAAGCUCAAGCUGGACAAUGGGAAGAAGAAAUAAGCCAAUACACACUAAUUGUACAUGAGGCUGUCUCAAAACCAGUAAUCAAUCUCGAUCACCAAUCAAACUCCUCGUCUGUUUGCCACAUCUUGGUGAAAUGUUCUGCUGAUGGCGACUCAGUGACAUACGACUGUGAUCACCAACACUGCACUCAGACAAACGGCACAUCCACCAGGGUGAACAUUGCUGUCAACUAUACAGAUAAUGGGAUGUUGGAAUGCAUCGCCAGCAACCGUGUUAGUACAAAACGGACAUCAAUAACCAUAAGCAACACAUGUUCAGAAAAACCACCAGUACCCAACAAAACUAUCAAUUACAUUUUGGUUUUAAUAAUCAUAAUAAGUUGGACAGUGGCGUUUGGUGUCCUGAUUAUCUGCGUGAUCAAACUUUUUUACAAUACCAGAAAGAAAAAACAGAAUAAAAGAACAGAUCAAGAAGCUGAGGGCGUAAGCACUCUUUACAGGGAAUUGGAGAAGCCACUGCAAACUGGAACACUAACAGACAGGAGUGCUGCACAAAAUUCACCAACAACAGUUUAUGAUGUUCCUCCAAUGCGUCAUUUUCAGUGGUGACAGUGUGGAAAAAGAUAACACAGUUUACUGGACACUUGGGCAGACAAGAACCGUGAAGAAUUUAUGAUUAUAUUUUGAGCAAUAAUACUUUCAUGUAUAAUUCUUAUAUGUACACACACAUUUGAUUUUUUUAUUUUCAUAUGAAAAUAGAAAUAUUCAUAUUUUGCUUCUAUUUUUUGUAAAUAUCCAAAAUAAAUGUGUAUAUAUUGUGUGCAAACCAUCUCGGAGUGAUGUCACAUGGCUCUGUAACAAAAUACAAUGGAUAGGAAUUUAAUUAUUUUUAAAGAGUAAUUCAUUCAUUAAAAGAAAGCACAACUUUAUUCAUCACACACUUGUGAAAUUCCUCUCUGCAUUUAACCCAUCUGGAGCAGUGAACACACACAUGCGAGCAAUGAACACACACAUACCCAGAGCAGUGGGCAGCCAUGCUAAUAGGGCCCGGGGAGCAGUUGGGAGUUAGGUGCCUUGCUCAAGGGCACCUCAGCCCAAGGUUGUCCCAUAUUAACCUAACCGGAGGUCUUCAAACUGUGGGGGAAACCAGAGCACCCAGAGGAAACCCACACAGACACGGGGAGAACAUGCAAACUCCACACAGAAAGGCCCCUGCUGGGCUCGAACCCAGAACCUUCUUGCUGUGAGGCGACCAUGCUAACCACUUACACCAUGCCACCCAAGUUUAAGUUGAUGUCCAUGAUGCUAAAUAUGCCGAGGGGCACAAACCACAGUCACAAGAACCUUAUUUGUAUUAUUACUGUGUUUGUCUAGAUCUGUUUUAGUGCAACAUCAGUGUCUCUUUAGCAGAACUGGAGCUGAUGUUCAUGGCAGCAUAGUUCAGUACAUUCAUUUCUCCCUCUGCUGGUCAGAAACUGAACUACAGCUGAGCUCCACUCACUGUCUUUCAGCUCUGAAUGCUAACUCGGAGCUAUUUUUGUACGCACACCUGAUGGAAUCUAAAUACAUGCACAAGUAAACUGCACCUGCAAAGCAUUUAAACAGACAGCAAUUGAUAUUGCAUACAAGUAUUCGUUCCCUUGAACAUUUGGCAGUCGCCAUACUUGUAAAAUAAAUAAAGUUUCUGAAUUACUUGUGAUCAUGUGCUAAUGAGAGUUGCUCAUAGGAUGUCCUCAGUAGUCAGGAUAGUGAAGGUAAAUAAAAGAGUAACACCUUCAAGUUUCAAAGAAACAUCAGAUAUGUAUCAAAAUACAGCAGAAAGAGAUUAUUAAAAAGAAAGAUGCAUUUAUAUAUAUAAAAAAAAGUUGUAACAGGCCCAAAGUUGUCCUUGUCAAACUUUAUUUGAAGAACAGGUCCAGGGGCAGUUUUGACACGUAUGUUUUC